AUGGCCGCUCACAAUUCCCGCCGCUGGCUCUUCCUCUCCGUGCUCGACCUGCCGCCGCUCCCCACGCUCUCCUUCACGCCGCUCCUCACCACCCCACUGCCGCCGCCAGCCCGCCGCUCUUAUUUCAGCCAGCGCGUGAAGCUCGCCAUUGUCUCGCUCGUCGUACUAGCCAUUGUUAGCAUCGUCACCGUCAUCUUCGCCGCUAGCUGGAGCGCGGCGGACGCCGCUGCCAGCAGCUACCCCAUCUCACAUACCGACGGUGAGGGGAACCGGCGUCCCUCGGACAUCAUCUACACCCGCCUUAACUACACUCGCCUCGCCUCCAUGGCUCCACAUGAAUGGAUUAACACCGUCACAGAGCUGAACGAGGCGCGCAAUCUGAUGAUAGAGCAUGGGCGGGAGCACGGCGCUCGGUGGGUGUUGCCCAUGGACGGCAACCACUUCCUCACACGCGAGGCGUGGGCCUUCAUAGCUGCUGCAGCCAACAGGCACGAGGCCCGUGGCAAGACCGUUUUCAAGAUCCCUAGAGUGAAGCUGGACAAACCUCAAACCCCUGAUAUCAUCAACGGCAGCACCCUAUUCUCCGACCUCUUCCCGCACGCGCCGUCAAUGCACGAGGGCAUUUUGGCCUUUCGCAACGUCUCACCACACCGCUUCCAGCCAGUGCAUCCAUGCUAUGCCUUUUACACUCGGUUGAGCACGCUCUGGUCCCUCCGUGCUGCCAUGCCCUGGCGGAGCAAGCUGGAGGCCUUCAGCCGCAUCUGUGGCACUGGCAACCCGUACACGGUACAGCAGAUUGCACACCACGUGGGUCUCACACGCCUCCUGUACCCGGACGCAACCCCUCAGCCAGCAGACACGGGCGAGUGCGGGUGCCAAAGCGAGACGGGCAGCGAGGAGGCCAUUCGGCCCAUGCGCAUGGCCGUGCUGCGCGCAUGUGGUGUGGUCGUGCGCCUCUGGUACUAUCCGUGUGCGCACGUGGAUACCCGCAGAAUGAUCUACGAUGGACGGUACCGCUUCCAGCAACGUCAAAAGGCGCUUCUUCUUCUGCGAAGCCGAAUAGAAGAGCAGAUCAAACAAGCCAUGGCAGAGCAGUCGAGUUAA